AUGAAGAAAGGACAGUGCUUCAGCCUGAAUGCCGAGACUGCAGGCCAGUUCCUGGGGACAGGGGAGGAGGAACCAUCAGGUGGUUCUGGCCACACCUUCUAUCAGAUAAUUUCAGGAAUUGGAGAUGGCCGAGGUCCCCGCCGCCAUCUCUCGCCUCCUACCUCAGCCUGGACCUUCCUCCUGCCUCUGGAGGAGUAUGUCCCCCCACCCCGACCCCAGGGGGCUGCCAAGCCCCUGGGGGGAGAUGGGGUCGUGGUCACUAGGGUCCGGAGGGUCUGUGUUGUGACUGGACACCAGAGGCAACCCCAUGGCAGCCACUUCUUCAGGCCUGUGAACAAUAAGAACUUGCUGCUCAGGGCCUCCCCCCGAUCUGGUCCCAGGUGCGUCCUAGUCUCAUGCCCUUGUCCCCCGGGUCUCCUCGGCCUGCUCUGGGGGAUUGGGGCGGCAUCUCUGCAGCAUCUUUUCAGGAAUGUCAAUAAGCAGUGGAUUACACUUCAGCACUUUAACUUCCUCCAACGCACAUAUGUCACACAAAUGAACAAAAGCCUCAACCAGCAAGUAAAACCCAAGCCAGAACCGGUGGCAGCUCCUUUCCUUGAAAAAACAUCUUCAGGUCAAGUUACAGAAAUAUAUGAGAUGAGACCUCUUUUACCCCCCAGCCUAUCUUUGUCCAGAAAGCCAAAUGAAAAGGAAUCGGCAGUACUAGAGUCUGCCUCAACUGUGGAAAGCUCAAUAGAGUUGAGAAAAGGGACAAAAGAGGAAAAGCAGUGGAAAGAAAUGAUACUGCAUGUGGGUAAUUUGCCAGGAAUUUUGGCUCAACUAUGUAAGAUCAAACUCACAGGGUCUUUGGAGCUGUCCUAGGUGUCCCUAGUUGUAAGUACUACUUUGGCUGGAUUUGCUUUGGCUCCAGGACCUUUUGACUGGCCCUGUUUCUCGCUUACUUCUGUUGGGACAGGCCUUGCAUCCUGUGCUGCCAACGGCAUCAGUCUGUUUUUUGGGGUGCCAUUUGACUCAAAUAUGAGUAGGAUAAAGCACAGACAUCUAGUUUGUAGACAGAUCAGCCCAUUGCUAACUGUGUCUUUUGCCACAUGUCGUGCUGUUCCAGGAGUGGCCCUCCUAACCUGGGGCAUGAAUCCACUCACGGGAUAUAUCAACGUCUUCCUGUAUAUCUGCUGUUACACACCACUGAAGAGGAUCAGCAUUUCCAACACACGUGUUGGAGCCAUGAUUGGGGCCAUCCCACCGGUCAUGGGCUGGACAGCAGCCACUGGCAGCCUCGAUGUUGGAGCGUUUCUUCUGGGAGGAAUCCUCUAUUCCUGGCAGUUUCCUUGUUUCAAUGCCCUGAGCUGGGGUCUCCGCAAGGACACUCAACUACUUAUUUUUUUUUUUUGA